AGCGGCGGCGGCGGACACAGCAGCGGCGGCGGCGACGGCGGCGGCGGCGCUGACACCUCCCACCAUGGACAGCUUCGACUUAGCCUUGCUCCAGGAAUGGGACCUCGAGUCACUGUGCUCAAAGCUAGCAGCCUGGAAUGCACUUGGGGUUCCAGUUCUCGCUGUUCUCGCAUCAGGGAGAGCUUCUGUAGGGGUGAAGACAUCCUAAGCCAGAGGAAUGAUUCUCUAGUUCUGGAAUUUCAGGCAUCAGCCAGCAGAUGCAGGAGUGUCUAUGAACCAGAUAGGAAUGCGUUACGGAGGAAAGAACGGGAAAGGAGAAGUCAGGAAACGCAGCAGGACAGCGGCGGCUUUAACUCCGGUUACUCACUCUUCAGUGAACCCUACAAGACUAACAAGGGGGAUGAACUCUCCAACCGGAUCCAGAAUACAUUAGGAAAUUAUGACGAGAUGAAAGACUUUUUAACUGACCGAUCCAACCAGAGUCAUCUUGUUGGCGUCCCCAAGCCUGGUGUUCCCCAGACUCCUGUGAACAAGAUCGAUGACCAUUUUGUGGCGGAGUCAAGAGCCCAGCCCCAGCCCUCAUCUGUCUGCAGCACUGCAUCUUCCACACCUGCAACUGUCCCAGUGCAGCAGAGCAAGAGAGGCACCAUGGGCUGGCAGAAGGCUGGGCACCCACCGUCCGACGGCCAACAGAGAGCAGCGCAACAGGGCUCUCUCAGGACCUUGCUUGGAGAUGGUGUUGGCAGACAGCAGACAAGGGCCAAGCAAGUGUGCAAUGUGGAGACGGGGCUUCAGACGCAGGAGAGGCCGCCUGCAAUGGCAGCCAAGCACGGUGGCAGUGGACACUGCGUUCAGAACUUUCCCCCAUCCCUGGCUUCAAAACCCAGCCUGGUGCAGCAGAAACCAACCGCUUACGUGCGGCCAAUGGAUGGCCAGGACCAGGCUCCCGAUGAAUCUCCUAAGCUUAAGUCAUCCACGGAAACUGCUGUGCACUGCACGGCCUACAGAGGGGUCCCAGCCAGCAAACCAGAGUCAGCCAGAGCCAAGGGCAAGCUCGCUAAGUUCAGCAUCCCCAAGCAAGGCGAGGAGAGUAGAUCUGGAGAAACCAACAGCUGUGUGGAAGAAAUAAUUCGGGAGAUGACCUGGCUUCCUCCACUUUCCGCCAUUCAAGCUCCUGCCAAGGUGGAACCCAGCAAGUUCCCAUUCCCAAAUAAGGACUCACAACUUGUAUCCUCUGGACACAGUAAUCCAAAGAAAGCUGAUGCGGAGCCAGAGAGUCCAGACAAUGGCACGUCGAACACUUCAACUCUGGAAGACGACCUUAAGCUAAGCAGUGAUGACGAAGAGGGUGAGCAGCAGGCAGCCCAGAGAACGGUUCUCCGCGCUCUAGCUGACAGCUCCGUGGUCCAGCAGACCAACUGUAGAGGUUCGGCGCCAUCCAGCAAGGGCAGCAGCAGCAGCAGCGGCGGCAGCAGCUCCUCCAGCGACUCAGAAAGCACUUCCGGCUCCGACUCCGAGACGGAGAGCAGCUCCAGCGAGAGCGAGAGCGAGGGCAGCAAGCCUCCGCACUGCUCCAGCCCCGAGGCCGAACCUGCGUCCUCGAACAAGUGGCAGUUGGAUAAAUGGCUGAACAAAGUUAAUCCUCACAAGCCGCCAAUUCUGAUCCAAAAUGAAAGCCAUGGCCCGGAAAGGAAUCAAUACUACACGCCUGUGAAAGAUGAAGGGCAAGACUGCGGGAAACUUCCUGAGAUCUGCCAAGCCAGCCUGAGGGACAAGGAGCUCAAGACUGCCUGCAAGGAGGAGCAGCGGCCGAGGACCGCAAACAAGGUCCCUGGAAGCAAAAGUGUCAAGCAAAAGUCCCCGCCCGCUGCGGUGGCUGUGACCGCAGCUGCCCCGCCGCCCGCGGUGUCCAACGCACCCACAGAGAGUGCGCCCGCGCCCACCCGCAGGUCAGCAGGCAAGAAGCCCACCAGGCGCACGGAGAGGACCUCAGCUGGGGACGGUGCCAACUGCCACCGGCCAGAGGAGCCAGUGGCCCCAGACACGCUGGGGGCGAGCGUAGUGGGACCCCUAGAGCCCCCCAAAACCAGGCCCUGUGGUAACAGCAGGACAGGCCACCGCAAGGAGCUGCGCUCCUCAGUGACCUGUGAGAAGCGUCGCACGCGGGGGCUGAGCAGAAUUGUCCCUAAAUCCAAGGAGUUUAUUGAAACAGAAUCUUCGUCUUCCUCUUCCUCCUCGGACUCAGACCUGGAGUCAGAGCAAGAGGAGUACAUCCUGUCCAAGGCUCCAAGCACCACCGGGAGUGAACAGAGGCUGAAGGAGGCCACCAGCAACAACAGCAGCAGCAGCAGCAGCAGCAGCAGCAGCAGCACCUCCCGAGCCUCUGUGGGCUCCAUCAACGCCAGGACCACCAGUGACAUUGCCAAGGAGCUAGAGGAACAGUUCUACACACUGGUCCCCUUUGGCAGGAAUGAACUGCUUUCUCCACUAAAGGACAGUGAUGAGGUCAGGUCUCUCUGGGUCAAAAUUGACCUGACACUCCUUUCCAGGAUCCCAGAACACCUGUCCCAGGAGCCUGGGGUCUUGAGCGCUCCUGCAGCCAAGGACACUGACAGUACCCCAGCCAGCCAUGCAUUAGACACACCUGCUGAAAAGACUUUGCCAAAAUCCAAGAGGAAACGCAAGUGUGACAACGAAGACGACUACAGGGAGAUAAAGAAGGCCCAGGGGAAGAAGGAGGGCACUUCACGCCUGGCCGCCUCCACUAACAACACCUUGUCCGGCAGCCACUGCAACGUGAACAUCAACAGCUUGGCAAUACCAAUAAACAAAAAUGAAAAGAUGCUCCGGUCACCCAGCUCGCCACUCUCUGAUGCAUGUAAACACAAAUACUCCAGCGAGGACGUGACUUCUUCCAGCCGACCUCAUGGCAACGGGUUGUUGACUUCUGUGUCUUCCAACAAAGAGCCUAAGGCCGAGAGCCAGCUGCAGUCGCAUGCUGCGGACCUCACGAAGAUCUCUCACAACAGUUCCGAAAAUGGCAUCCUCCACAGCAAAUCACGGCCCCAGACUGAGCCGUGGUCUCCGGGUUCCAACGGCCACAGGGACUGCAAGAGACAGAAACUGAUCUUCGAUGACAUGCCCCGAAGUGCGGAUUAUUUCAUGCGAGAAGCUAAGCGGAUGAAACACAAGGCAGACGCCAUGGUGGAGAAGUUUGGGAAGGCCCUCAACUAUGCCGAAGCAGCCCUGUCCUUCAUCGAGUGUGGAAACGCAAUGGAACAAGGGCCGAUGGAGUCCAAGUCUCCGUACACCAUGUACUCAGAGACGGUGGAGCUCAUCAGGUAUGCUAUGAGACUAAAAACCCACUCAGGCCCCAAUGCCACACCGGAGGACAAACAGUUAGCUGCGCUUUGUUACCGAUGCCUGGCUCUCCUAUACUGGCGGAUGUUUCGACUCAAAAGGGACCAUGCUGUCAAGUAUUCAAAAGCACUAAUCGACUAUUUCAAGAAUUCAUCGAAAGCUGCCCAAGCCCCAUCCCCAUGGGGGUCCAGCGGCAAGAGCACUGGAAGCCCAUCCCCCAUGUCUCCCAACCCUUCUCCCGCCAGCUCCGUGGGGUCUCAGGGCAGCCUCUCCAGUUCCAGCGGCCUGUCCCCAUCGACCAUUGUCAGCAUUCCCCAGCGAAUUCACCAGAUGGCGGCCAAUCACGUCAGCAUCACCAACAGCAUCCUCCACAGCUACGACUACUGGGAGAUGGCUGAUAACCUGGCCAAGGAAAACAGAGAGUUCUUCAAUGACCUGGAUUUGCUCAUGGGACCUGUCACCCUGCACAGCAGCAUGGAGCACCUGGUCCAGUACUCCCAGCAAGGCCUGCACUGGCUACGGAGCAGCACACACCUGUCCUAGGGGCCACACCGUUGAGCCGGACUGUGUUUCCUUCUCCUCAGUGGCUCAAUGUUUCCAGACACUGUGCUACUGACAUUCCCAGCCUAUGGCAUCCCCCAAACCACAGUGAACAUCUCCUCAGAGCCUAACAA